AUGGAAGCGGAGAAAGAGGGGAAACUCACAAAAAGACAACACGUGGCCCAAGAAAUAUUAGACACUGAAGUUAGUUAUUUGCGCUCCCUGCAAGACUGUGAGAAGUAUUACCACGAAGUACUUAAAGUGAGCAAAAUCAACCAAGAACAGGUCCAAGAAGUAUUUCAAGACUUUGACCAAGUCAUUGAGAUCAACAAACUGUUGAAACAAAGACUUGAAGAGUCGAGUAAAGAAACACUCGAGUGUAUUAUAGUACAACAGUUUAACAAGUUUGUGCCAUUCAUGAAGGCUUACAAGCAAUUUGUGAGUAAUAACGAGAAUGCGUUCAAAAUCAUCUCCGAGUGGGAGGAAGACAAAAACGUCAUGGACAUGCUCGAGAAGUGUCGCGAAAGUAUGCCCGGCGAAAUCCAACACGACUUAAGGUCAUUACUCAUUAUGCCUAUUCAACGUAUUCCUCGUUAUGUCUUACUCUUGAAAGAGUUGAAGAAGAACACGACGCAAGAGCACCCCGAUUAUAAAAUGUUAAGUGAAACCCUCGACAAAAUGUCUGAAGUCGCCAAAGACGUGAAUGAGUCGAUUAAAGAGUCCGAGCGGCGGUUGGCACUUUUUAGAAUGAAAAAGGUCCUCACCAAUUACAAGGAGUUCUGCGAGAGUAUUGCCAAGAAGGGAGAAGUCCCCGAAAAGGAUGUAGUACAGGCGCAUCGAUUUUUUGUGAUGGAAGGUGUUCUCACAAAAGUAUGCCGGAAGGCGAAUAAAGAGCGUUACUUUGUGUUGUUCAAUGACAUCAUGGUGUAUGGGGAGGGGAACAAAAAUUCGGUGCAAAUUAGUGAAGUCUUCAAGAUGCGCUCGACAGUGGUCGAAGAAGUUCCUGAUUCGGAUAAACAACAGUUUGCGUUUCAGAUCAGAAAUGCGGAGAGAAGUUUUGUGGUCUUUUGUAAGUCGAAGGAGGAGAAGGAGAAGUGGGUGAAGAACAUUCAGGACCAAAUUACGAAUUCUAAAACAACACUGGGGAAUGAGGCAAAGGGUGCAAACUUCAUUCGACCGGUUUUUGUGCCCGACUCGGAGUCACCGGAGUGUGCGCUGUGUAAAUCGAAAUUCAGUUUUGUGAAUCGAAGACACCACUGCAGGAAAUGUGGGAAAUGCAUCUGUGCGGAGUGCAGUAAAGGACGAAUGCCUAUUAAUGAGGGGAACACUACACAGGAAAGAGUGUGUAAACAAUGUUAUGAGGAAUAUUUAGCAACACACUCCGACAAGAAAAUAGCACGGUUGAUGGCGAAGAAAACGAAGACAGGGAAAGACACGGUGAAAGAAAGUCCACGCGAGAAAGAUAAAGAGAAAAAGGAAGGUACCACUUCCACAGAGACGAGUGAAGUGAAUAACUCUGAACAAAAAAGUACAUUGACUGACGAGAAUGAGACGGAUGAGAGUGAGGAAAAAACAAAGAAAGAGGGCAAAGAAACCCCACGAGACCCUUCUCAAGAGGUUCUAAAUGCAAAUGGAGAACAAGCAGAAACCCCAAGAGAAAGUGAAUUGGACACCAUCAUGGAGUCCGCCGAAAUCAUCGAAGACAAAAACGGAGAAGAACCCCCAACAGGCGCUUUUGUCGAACCAAAACAUGAAGAACAAAAAGAAGAAGAACCACAAACUAAGGAACAACUUGCUAACGCACGAAUCUCAAAAUGGAACGUCUCUUCGAAAACACUGACGCGAGGACAAGGGAGACUUGCGGGGCAUGGAGCACAGUCGUCGAACUCUUCCAAAUUCUUCCGAAAGACUACUGAGAUACCAAAAGUCUAUGAACCAGAAAACAAUAAUUAA